AGUUGUUUCGCGCGCGCCGCCGGUUGAAGAACGUCAGCGUUGAGAUCAGCCAAGGUUCUUACAGACGACGCCCGCUCUCCUUGCCAUUCUUUCUUCCCUGUCACCGUCACUGUCACUCCUCACACGACGCGUUCACUCCCACCACACGAAUUGCGACCAUGUUUGGUAUCUCGUACUGGUUCUUGCCACUGUUCGCCGGCACAGUAUGGCUCGGCACUCUUGCAGGAAUGUUGGGAUACUGGUUGGCAGCCGGAUCGCCUCACUAUCCCUUCAUGCCGGCCGACCAGCACAUCGCAUACAUUUCUGACAUCGGCGCCACCUUCCUCCGACCGCUCUUCAUCGCGGGUAGCACCACCAUGGUCGUUGUAUUCAACCUCUCCUUCAUUGCCGAACGCUGGCUUCGACACAGGAACCGCCUGACUCCCAACUACACAAAGCGAGAGGCGGCUCUCAGCGUUUGCGCCAUCAUCGCCGCCAUCAUUGGCGGACUGGGCCUCAUUCUUUUGACCAUCUUUGACGUCAAGACCUAUCCGCACACGCACGAUGCCCUGCUUGUGGUGUUCAUUGCGGGAUACAUCGUCUCGGCAAUCUUCAUCGACGCAGAGUAUCAACGACUGGGUAUCCACUUCCGUCAGUAUCGCGUCCUCCGGGCAUCUUUCUGGAUCAAGAUGGCCUUCAUCUUCAUCGAAGUCGGCCUCGUCAUUGGCUUUGGUGUGGAAAGCUACAGGAAAAACCGCAACACCGCCGCCAUCCUUGAGUGGAUUGUCUCGCUGGUCUACAUCUUCUACGUGUGGAGCUUCAUCCUCGACUUCCUCCCAGCGGUCAACACCAGGCCUAAGGACAAUCGCUUCCCUCCGUUGCGGAAGCGUGACGAUCCGGAAGCGCAACAUACACAAGAGAUGGGCAACGUGAACGGUGGGCCUGUAUACACAAAUGGAGGCGACGCGUACACGAACGGAAGGCACCACGAUGCUUCCGAGAACUUUUAGAUUUUGGUCUGAUUUUACGAACAUGAUACACUAGAAUGGGUUGGUUUGGAGGAAUGCGAAUCUUAGCGGGCGUACUGGGUGUGUUAUUAGUUGAUGUCAAGCGGUUUAAAUCGGCAGCAACACCAGGCCGACGGGACACAUGCAAUGCCCAAUCAGGCUAAGCGCCAAAAAGCCACACCCUCACGUAUAAAUUUCCUCCGCCUCUC